GGCGGUCGAGCAUUCUUCAUCGCUGGCGAACCAUUUUUUUAUUUACAAUUCUCCAGCUUGGUUAAUCAAUUCCAUUCACGUUUCAUAUACCCAAUUUUGAUCUCGAAAGGGGACAGAGAAGUCUUUCGCGAGGUGAAUCACGAGACUUUGAUUACUUUUGGCACUCUUAGGGUUUUCUUCCUGAACAAAGGGACUUCAUUUACAGCAACUGGAGCUGUUUUUAUUGUUUAGCUUCAAUGCAGAAUUAGACGAGAGGCAUGAACUGCUGAAUUCAAUCAAUGCAAGUUUGUCUCCUUAGCUUGAAUGGAUGUAGCAACAGAUACUACAAGGCGGCGUCUUCUUCCAUCCGAGAAGAACAAUGCACUUGCUGCCACUCGCCGUCCUCGAACAACGGAGGUUAGUUCAAGGUACAGAUCACCCACGCCAACCAAAACCGGGCGAUGCCCUUCCCCAAGCGUCACAAGGCCAACAGUGUCUUCAAGCUCUCAAUCCGUGGCUGCAAAAAGAGCAGUUUCGGCAGAGAGGAAGCGUCCUUCAACACCACCAUCUCCGACUAGUCCCUCCACACCGAUACGUGACUUGUCUAUAGACUUACCAGCUUCAUCUAGGAGGCUAUCUACAGGUCGUUUACCUGAAAGUUUAUGGCCUUCCACUAUGAGAAGCCUCAGUGUUUCGUUUCAGUCGGAUUCAGUCUCAGUCCCUGUUAGUAAGAAGGAGAAACCGGUUAGUAGUUCUUCUGUUGAUCGAACAUUGAGACCUUCUUCGAAUAUAGCUCAGAAGCAUAAGGCUGAAACGGCCUCUAUAUCAAGAAAACCUACGCCAGAGAGGAAGAGAAGUCCAUUGAAAGGGAAGAAUAAUGUGUCUGAUCUUUCAGAGAAUUCGAAACCUGUAGAUGGUCCUCACAGUCGGUUGAUAGAACAGCAUCGGUGGCCUAGUAGAAUUGGUGGAAAGAUCACUUCGAAUUCUUUAAACAGAAGCUUGGAUCUUGGUGAAAAGGCUUCAAGGGGUUUACCAACUUCAGGGCCUGGAAUGGGGCCGUCUCUUAGGAGAAUGUCACUACCAUUGUCCAGCAGUUCGAGACCUUUGCAUAAAACUUCUAGUAACACAUCUAGUUAUGGUGGAUUAGUGUCUCCAACAAAGUCGGAAGAUAAUAACAUAGCUCGAACUUCUGGGGCUCAAAGACUUUUGUCUGCAGGUUCGUUAGAUAGAGCAACAUUAGCAACGGCUGUAGCUAGGUUGCAUCCAUUGUCUGCUCCUGGAUCUCGCCCAGCUUCACCAAGUAGAACAUCGUUUUCGUCUUCAUCGUCUAUUUCCCGAGGCAUGAGUACUUCGAGAGGAGUGAGUCCAUCAAGAGGACUAAGCCCUUCUAGAGGAUUGAGUCCUACAAGAGGUUUAAGUCCUUCAAGAGGGUUAAGUCCUACUCCUUCUCGUGGCACAAAUACUUCCUGUUUUGCUAGACCAUCAACUCCACCUUCAAGAGGAAUAAGUCCUUCACGGAUAAGACAAACCAGCACUUCCACACCAUCCAGUACCACAACUUCGGUUCUCAGCUUCAUCACGGAUGUCAAGAAAGGCAAAAAAGCAAGCUAUAUCGAAGAUGUUCAUCAACUGCGCUUGCUCCACAAUAGAUAUUUACAGUGGCGGUUUGCAAUUGCACGAGCUGAAUCUGUAAUGUAUAUUCAAAGACUAACUUCCGAGGAAACCCUGUUUAAUGUGUGGCAUGCGAUAUCAGAACUUCAGGAUCAUGUGACCAGGCAAAGGAUUGGCCUACAACAGCUAAAGCUAGAGAUCAAACUCAACUCACUAUUAAACGAUCAGAUGGUGAGCCUUGAAGAUUGGGCUACACUUGAAAGAGACCAUGUUAGUUCUUUAGUUGGAGCCAUAUCAGAUUUAGAAGCAAACACUCUCCGCCUUCCAGCAACUGGAGGAACAAAGGCGGACACUGAAUCUUUGAAAGCAGCUAUGUCCUCGGCUCUCGAUGUAAUGCAGGCUAUGGGAUCGUCCAUUUGGUCUUUACUCUCGAAGGUGGAGGAGAUGAACAUAAUGGUAACAGAACUCGCUGUUGUAGUUACAAAAGAGAGUUCUAUGCAAGGAAAAUGCGAAGAUCUUCUGGCCUCAACUGCGAUCAUGCAGAUAGAAGAGUGUAGCCUCAGGACUCAUCUGAUACAAACUAGGCGAGAAGAAGGAGAAGACGCAAAGGAGACUCCUCCAUUGUUGCCAUUAAGCAAGUUUCCAUGGCCAUAAAUAACAAAGCUUACAGUUCCCACACGCUCAACACUGAUCACCUGUAAAUUGCUCUUUGAUGCCCCACAUUUCUCUUGUCGAGAUCCUUUUUUGAUCUUUGCUUGUUGAAGUUUUCUUCUUCUUUUUUUGGUAUAAAACAUUAGCUUAGGA